AAAAGAGAACAGCUCUGUAAUAAUAAUAAUAAUAUAUAUAAUAAUAAUAAUAUUCAUAGUUGUAAUAAUUUUUGUGUGUCAUCCAACUCUUGUAAUAGCAAAAGAAGUGAAGACAUUUACAAUGAGGAGAAUAAAAAAAAAAAAAAUGAAAAAGAUUUAUUUUAUGAUAAAGUGGAUGAAAUAUUAAACCGACAAAGUGAUAACGAUGAUGAUUGGAUAUUCAAUGAAGACAAUGAAAAUGAAAUUAAAAAUAAAGAUUAUAUUAAAAAUAUAGAUGAUAUUAAAAAUAUAGAUGAUAUUAAAAAUAAAGAUUAUAUUAAAAAUAUAGAUGAUAUUAAAAAUAAAAAUUAUGGUGGAGACAAUAAGAAACAUAAUGAUAAUUAUUUACAAAAUAAUAAUAUUCAUUUCGAUGAUGAGAAUAAAAAGCAUAUUCCUUUUGAAUUUGUCAAAGAGGAAAAACAGAAUAAAGCAUAUUUUUUAAAUAUACACACCUUAAAUUUUGAUGCUCAUUUGUUACAUGCUCUUCUUAAAAAAAAUAAAUACAGACUUACAAAAUAUAAUACAGAUAUGAAUAAUAUGAUAUAUAAAUAUUUAUAUUUAUAUAAGAAAAAAAAAAUUUUUAAAUAUAAACAAACGAAUGAACAAUCUUAUAAUGAUUAUAAUAAGGAUGAAAAUUAUAAUUAUUAUCAUACGAAUGACACAGAAGAAAAAAAAAAUACUCAUCAAGAUAAACAAAAAAAAAUAUAUGUAGAUGAUAAAAAAGAGAAAGUGUAUGAACAAGACAUACAUAAUAAAAUUAAAAAUAUGAACAAAGAGGAUAAAGGUGAAUAUAAUGAAACUGAUCAAACAAAUAAAUUAUUAGAUAUUGUGUAUUAUAAUGAAAAUAAUAAUUACAAUUAUAUUAGCCCGGAUGAUGAUAAUAAUAAUUAUUUGAGAGAUGUGCACUUUUUAUAUAUGGAAUAUUUUAUAAGAAAAAAAAAUCUGACCGAAAUUACAAAUAUAUAUAAUAAAUAUAUUUAUAAUAAAGAUAAUUUAUUAUAUUUAAAAAAGUGGUAUAUGAAAAAUGUAUAUAUAUUAAACUCGAAAGGAUAUGAUAAAAAAAAUAUAUAUGAAUAUACAAAUGAUAUAAAUAAUAUAAGUAAUACAAAUGAUAUAAAUAAUAUAAGUAAUAUAAAUAAUAUAAGUAAUAUAAAUAAUAUAAGUAAUAUAAAUAAUAUUAGUAAUACAAAUAAUAAUCCACAUAACAGUUGUGUUAGUGUGAGUGAAGAGAACUCUCAUAAUAAUUACAAUUUGUCACCCCCAUCUAUUAAAAGCUUUUGCUUAAAUAAUUAUUUUAUUUGUCUGCAUACACAAAAUAAUGAAGUCAUUAUCCUUAGUUGGAAAUUUAUUAAUAUAAACAAUUUAAUAUUUUUUAAAGGAAAAGAUAAUAUUGAUGAUUUUUUUUUUAAAGAUGAAGAAGGACCUAUUAAUUUAAACUUUAAUUAUUAUAAAUAUCCUCAUUAUGCUAUUAUAAAAAAUGAUAAUUUGAAAAAGAUAAAAAAUAUUCAUAUUAAUGAUAUGAAUAAAUUAUGUAUAAAUACUUCUAAUUGUAUAUAUGUUUUUGAAAUUCUUUUAUGUGAUUCAAAAGUUCAAUAUAAAUAUUUAUAUAACUAUAUAGAAAAAGGAAAUUUUUUAAAUAAAGAAAAUAAUAUAUCUUCUUCCUUACAUAUUAAAGAAAAAAAAUUGUUAUACUUUACACCUUAUAAUAUAAUAUAUUUAAAUAAUAAUAAAAAUAUUUUUAAUAGCAUGAUAACAAUAACAAAAGAUAUCAAAUUUAAAUAUAAGAUAUUAAACACGGCAUUUUAUAAUAAUAAUGUUUAUAUGGUCAUAUCGUAUUUUAAUAAGAUCACCCUUUUUAAAAAUGAAGCUAUUUAUUUUGUUUUACUAUAUGAUAAAAAUGGCGAUGUGAUAAGUGAACAGGAGGUAAAUGAAAAGAAUAUAAAUAUAAAUGAAAAGAAUAUAAAUAUAAAUGAAAAGAAUGAAGAUUCAAAUGAAAUGAAAAAAUAUGAGAUUCAUAAUAACAAUGAUAAAAAAUAUAAUUUAAAAGAUGAUUAUAUAAGUUACAUUCCUUUCCUUGGAAUUUUAGAAAAUAAUAAUUUUUGUGCUGCAUAUGGUAAAUCAAUAACUAUUUUUGAAUAUGUUUGUAAGGUUGUUAUAAAAUAUAAAUAUAUAUUAAAUCAUUCUAUAUAUUUUUUUAAAAGUUGUGAUAAUAAUAUUAUUAUUAUAUAUGAUAAAUAUAAAUUAUAUGUAUAUCAAAUAAUGUUAAAAGGAAAUACAGAUUUUUGUAUUCUUUUAUUAUAUGAAAAAAAAAUUAAUAAUGUAACUAGUCGUGUCAUAUCUGAAGGUUAUAACAUAUAUGAAAGCUAUGAUGGAUUUAUAAAUAUAAAUAAGAAAAAUAUAAAGUUAAAUAAAAAUGAUAAAAUCGCUAACUUUAUGUUUUCUUUAUUUAAUCAAGAUAUAACAUUAAAUGAACAAAAUUCCAAAAAUAAUUCAUCUUUUUUUUAUAUUAAUUUGAUAUAUAUAUAUAUAUUAAAUAAUAAUAAAGUGGAUAUCAUAGUCAUUAACUCUUUGAUAUAUAUGAUUUAUCUUUUUUUCAUUUAUAAAAAAUAUGAUCUCCUCCUCAUGUUUAUAUUACACCUUUACAACGGAGAUGUGUGUGUGCUUAGCGACUUUUCUCUCAAGGAAGAAGAAAAAAAGAUACAAAUUCAAAAAUUACUUUUUUUUUUUUUCGAGACACAAAUGCGUGAUAUUAUAGAAAACUAUAAAGACUAUAAAGAGAAGCAAAUAUGUAAUAAUAAUUAUUUUAUAAAAUAUAGAGGUGAUCAAAAUGAUGAUAAUAAUAAAAAUGAUGACUAUAAUUAUUUUAAUAAUUAUGAUAAUUUCAGUGGAUGUAUUUCUUAUGAAUAUACACCCAUGAGGGAUAUUACCUACACAGUAUCAUCUAUUUCAACAACUUUAUCAUAUUCUUUAUCAGACGAUGAAAAAAAGGAAGAAGAGUCACAUAUUCCUUUGUGUAAAGAAGAUAAUAUAUAUCAUAAAAAUAUUAUAAAUGAUCAAGAUAGUUAUAAUUUAUCUAUAGAUGAUAAUAAUAUAAAUGAUUAUGAAUAUAUUAAAAAUAAAAAAACAGUAAUAUUAAAAGAUGAAGAAGAAGGUAUAUAUAUAAAUAAUAAAAUUAUUAAUAAAGAAUGUAUUGAAGAAUUAAUACACUUAUGUUAUUUAAGUAUAGAAUUGAGUAUAAAAUUUAAUAUAAGUCUAUAUGAAUAUAUAUUCCAUCUAUUUAAAACAUAUAAUAUAGAAAGUGUUUAUUUUUAUAUAUGUGAACCUUAUAUAAUAAAUAAAAAAAUAUGCCUUACUCAUGAUUCUUUAAUAUAUAACUUGUUACAAUAUUUUAAAAGGUUUUAUAGUAUUUUUUGUUUAUAUGAUGAUACAUAUUAUGAUUUGUUCUUGUUCUUUUGUGCGUUUCUUAGGAGUAAGGUGGGGGGUAAUAGAAUGUUUAAACGACAGAUGGGUAUCACAUCUGGAAAGGGGAAAAGGAAAAAUAUAAAUUAUGACAAAAAUUAUGACAAUGAAAAAAAUGACCAUAAUGAUAAUUAUUGUGAUAAUAUUAUGAAUAAUGCAUUUCUAUCAAAAUUUAUAUUCAUUUUAAAGAUUCAGAAUAAACCCCAACAUGAUCAACUCCAUUCUUCUGAUAAUCACAAUGAAAUACUUUAUAAGAAUAAAGAAGAAAGUCAUAAUAUUUACAAUAGACAUAUGAUGAUAUGUGAAGAUAAAAAUAAGGAAUAUAUAAACGAGUCUGUAACAUUUGAUUUUUAUUUUAUUGAUAAAUAUUUGAAUAUAAAAAAAAAUUUGAAACAAAUAAAAAAGAUAUAUUGUUUUAUUUGUAUAAUUAAUAAAUUCUGUAAAUUUUUUGAAAAUAUAAAUCUUGAAAAAAAUCUUGAAAAUAUUAUAUCUUUAUUACCAUUACAUAUAAGUUCCUAUUUAUAUAAUAAACAUAAUGAAGAUAAAACAACCAUAUGUGAAUUUUUUAUAUCAUAUAUGAUAAGAAAAAAGAAUAUCUUUUUUUUCAAAUUUUGUAAAGAUAAUAAUAUAAAGAAUGAAAUGUUUCCAAUUUAUAUACCAAUAUAUAUAUUUAAUAAUUUUUAUCAAACAAAUUUUUUUCUUUAUUAUUUAUAUUGUGUUCUAUUUAAGAAACCAUUUAGUAUCUAUAUGGAUACAUAUGUGAAUGAGAAGAGGCACAUGGUUUAUAUUAAAGAUAUAUAUGUUUUAAAAAAACAAAAAGGAAAUAAUCAGCAAAGAAAUUGUAAUUAUAAUGGUGAUAAUAUAAAUGAUAAUAAUAAUAAUAAUAAUAAUAAUAAUAUAUCUAUAUAUCGUAUUUGUAUCGAUGAUUCGUCUUAUUAUAAUAAAGUCUUCUUUGUUUAUUCUCCUCUUCUUUAUGAGAAGGAACAAAAUUAUGGACUUAAUAAAAAUAUUGUAACUCUAAUAGAAUAUAUGUGUAAAAGAUAUGAUAAAAAAUGUUUACUAAUAGAAGAUGAAAAAGAUAUUCUCUCUGGUUUGUUCUUUGAAGGAUUGAAUGGGAUGGAAGGAAAUUAUAUGGCUCAUUUUGAAGAACACAAAAAAAUAAUAAAAAAAAUAAUAAAUAGUAAUAAAAGUGAUGAUAAUAAAAAAUAUGACCUAUAUGGGCAAUAUGAUCAAUGUGGGCAAUAUGAUCAAUGUGAUCAAAAUUUUAACAUCACACAUAAUAAUGAUAAUAAUAUAUACGACAAACAAGAAAGUAAUCAUACUAUGAGAUGCCCUAUGAAUGUGGAGGACGACCAUAAUAAUGAACCCAGCUCAAAUAAUGGUUCUGAUAUUUAUAAAAAUUAUAUAAUAUAUAAUAAUCCUAAUAAUAUGAAAAAAAUACAAAACAGAACAUAUGAAUCAUUCCUUGAAUUUGACAUGUUAAAAAAAAGAGAAACCAUAUUAUCAAUAAAUAAAAUAAAUUGUAAGAAUAAAAUGAGAAAUAUACAAAACGAAUUUAAUAUAAAUGAUUUUUUUAAUUUAGAUAAGAAUGGAAUGUUUUUAUUAUUUCAAAUGGCUUUAUCGAAUUGUUUUUAUAUAAUGAAUAAUUUCUUUUUUUUUUAUCACCACAAUAAUAAUAAUAUGAAUGGUAAUAAUAAUAUGAAUGGUAAUAAUAAUAUGAAUGGUAAUAAUAAUAUUAAUGGUAAUAAUAAUAUGAAUGGUAAUAAUAAUAUUAAUGGUAAUAAUAAUAUGAAUGGUAAUAAUAAUAGCAAUUAUAAUUAUAUAAUGAAUAUAUUCAUUGAAAACAUUUUAGAGUUUUACAUACACUUAAGUGUAUCAUAUGUUCAUUAUAAAAAUAAAUUAUAUUUUAUAUUACAACAAAAUGUCGAAAAUAUAAAAGAUAUAUAUAAACAUAUAAUAUAUAAAAUAGACACAUGUGUUCAUUAUGAUGAUAUUAGAAAAUUCUCUUUAAAAAUGAAAAAUUAUAUUAUCAUUUCAUCAGAUAUAAGAACUGUAGAAAAUAAUAAGAUGCUAAGUUUAAUCCAGUGGAUUAUUUUUCAAUUAUUUUUUAUUAAAAAUCAUAUGAAGAAAGUUAUAGAAUAUACUACAUAUAUGUUUCUUUUGUUCUUUAUUUUUUCGACAGAUUUUUUAUUUGACGAAUGUAUGAAUAUAUAUUUUAUUCAUUUUCUUUUUCAAAUUGAUAAUAAAGAAUAUGACAAAUAUAAUAUGACACACCAUGAUAAUAAUAAUAAUAAUAAUAAUAAUUUACAAAUUAGUAUGUUUAAUUAUCAUCUUUAUAAAAAAUAUAAAAAAAAAUGGAAUAACUUCCUAUCCACAUUUAAUCUUCAAAAAGAUAUAUAUGAUAACAAUUAUAUUAAAAUAUUAAAUUUAAAAAAAAAAAAAAUUCUCCUUAAAAAAAAAACGAUUUUAUAUAAUCUUCAUAUGCAUAAAAACGAAAUAGAUUUUAAUAUAAUAACGUAUAUUAUGAAAAAGGUAUACUCAUUUGAUCUAUCCUACUUGUUGAAUCAUUUUUCAACAUAUAUUACAUAUAAUCAUAUGGAAUGUCAUACACCCCAAACAUAUAUAAGAAGAACAAAUACGGAGAAAGAUAUCAACAAAAAGAUUUAUAUAUCAGAAUAUAUAAAUAAUUCUUUUAAUAAUAUAUAUAAUGGAAAUUAUAAUAAUAAUAAUAAUAAUGAGCAUAAACAAAAUAAAUCUCCUAAUAAGAAUAUAUAUUAUAAUAUAACAAAUAAAUCUAAUUCAUUGAAUCAUAAAAAAGAAGCCAAGAUAAGUAUAUUCAAAGGAAGUGAUAAACAUGUCGUUCAUACAAAAAAAGAUAUUUCUUUGAUUAAUAAAAGAAUGAAGAAAAAGAAAAAAAUAAAUAAUAUAUGUUCAAUAAAAUUUUGUAAAAAUGAAUUAAGAUAUAUUUUGUUGUUAUAUGUUAAGAAGUUGAUAAUGGUAUCAGAGGGGUUGAAAAAAAAUGACCACGAAAAGAAAGAUGAUAAUAUUAAUAAUAAAAAUGAUAAUAUUAAUAAUAAAAAUGAUAAUAUAUAUAAUAAUGAUAAUAUAUAUGAUAAUUAUAAUAGUGUAUGUCAUAAUAAACAGAACAAUAUGCUUUAUUAUAAAAAAAAAAAACUUAUCGAUAAUUUUCUGAAAUACAUUUUAUUCUUCAGUUGCACAAAAAAAUAUACAAAUAUUUGCCUUCUCCUUUUUGAUUAUUUUGGAUAUUACAAUGUUGUUAUUGAAUAUUAUAAAAAAUAUAAACUAAACGAUUUAUAUGAAUACAUAUAUUUUAAAAUAUAUUACUUUUAUAAAGAGACACGCUUGAAAAAAAGAAUAUACGGAUAUCUCUUUUAUACUACCUUAUUAAAAAAUAUUAACUUGUUAAAUAAUUUAUUUGUUCAUUAUAUUUUGAAUAAUUAUUUUUUUUUUCAUAGUAAGAGUGUGGACAUGUUAAAAAAAGGUAAAAAAAAAAAAAUACAGAUGGAAAGGAUAUCGAAAUGGAGGGGGAAUAAAAAAUAUAAAAAAUAUGAAAAGAAUCAAAAAUAUGAAAAAUAUGAAAAAUAUGAAAAAUAUGAAAAAAAUGAUAAAAAUGGAAAAAAUCAAAAAGAUCAAAAAAAUGAUAAAAAUGGAAAAAAUCAAAAAGAUCAAAAAAAUGGAAUGGUCAACAUGAUCAAUGGUGAGGAUGACAAGGGAGAUGAAAAUGUUCAACCUAAUCAAAAUGUUGAAUAUACUAAAAAUAAUAAUGAUUAUUUUGAGAAGGAAGAAAAUAUUGAUGAUAGUAUUCUGCAUACGUGUCAAAAAAGACUUUAUGGGGUUAGCAAAAGUGAAACAUAUCUACAAGAAACUGAAGAAAUUAGUAACAUUGAACCUAAUUUAGAAAAUAAAAGUACAUACAGUGAUAAUAAUAAUAAUAAUAAUAAUAAUAAUAAUAAUAAUAAUAAUGAUAAUAAUAAUGAUAAUAUAGAAGGAUAUGAAAAAAACAAAAUGAAAGAACAUAUCAUCUGUUAUGGUGAUAAGAUUAUACAUGAUAAAGAAAAAAAUGAUAAUUAUAAAAAAAUGCUUUUAUCAUUUAAAAAUAAUAUAUUAUAUAAUAAAAAUAUUUUUAAUAAUAUAAAUAAAUAUAAUAAAAAAUAUUAUAAGUAUUCAUCAUUGUAUUAUGUGAAAUUUUUUAUUUUUUAUAUAUCCUUAUAUUUUAUUGAAAGUUUAUUAUUAUCAUCAACAAAUAAUUUUAAUGAUAUGAUAAGAAUGAGAAUUUAUUUUUUAUUAUUAUAUAAAAUUAAAUUUCCAAGAAAGAUAAAAAGUUAUAUAUUCAAAAAACACUUUGUAAAAUAUAUAGACUUAUUAUGUAAAUAUAAAAAACAAAAAGUUUAUAAAUGUGUAAAGGAUAUAAAUUGUGAAGCAUAUAUGUCAAUAUAUGAAAAAUAUCAUAAUAUAAAUAUUAUAUUAUAUAUAUAUGAGAAGCAAGGUAAAUUUUUUAAAAUAAUACAAAUAUGUUUAAAAGAAAUAAAAAAUAAUAUAUCUAAAUUGUAUAAUGUUCUGAAGAAAUGUUAUAAAAAUAAAAAAAAUAAUAAUAAUAAUAAAAAUAAUAAUAAAAAAAAUAAUAAUAAUAAUAAUAAAAAAAAUAUUAAAUCCUUUUUUUUUUUUUCGACAAGGGUAACUUAUGAUGAUAUAUUUUCUAUAAAUUUUGAUCAUAAUGUUGAUAUAUAUAAUUUUUAUAAAAUACCACUCAAAAAAAAAAAAAUUAAAAAAAGUUUAUUCGAUUCAUCUAAACAAAAAACACAAACAAUUAUUAAAGACAAACAUAUAUUUAUUCAGAAAAUAUUUACAAAUCUCAAUUAUAUUUCAAAGCACAAGCCCCAUUUCUUGGAAUCUUUUGUGAUUAAUAAAAAAAACGGGAUGGCACCUUGUCAUACAACUGAGGGUGUUGAAAAAGAGAUAGUUAUUAAAAGAACAUAUGAUCAUCAUAUAAAUAAAAGUACAAAUAAAUGUUUAAAUAAACAUAUAAAUCAAAAUAAUUGUGAUAAUGAAUUACAAAGUAGUAUAUGCUAUAAUUCACAUUCACAGGAGCUACAUAUAAAAUGUAGAAAUGGAAAUUCCAAAAAAAAUAACAAGUGUGAAAAUAUGUAUGGACAUAAAAAACGGUUGAUUAAAUCUCGAUGGUUAUUUAUAAUAAAAGAAUAUAAUAAUAUAUUUUUAUAUAUAUAUAUGUUAUCAUUUAUUUUAAAAAAGAAUAAAAUAAGAAAUAAUAAAAUAAAUGAAUAUAUCAUAUCAUAUAUACUUAAUGAAUGUUUAAAAGGUUAUAUAGAUAUACAUGAAAAAAUAAUAAAUUCUAUUACUUUUAAAAAAAAAAAAAAAAAAAUAUUACCUUUUUUUAAUUAUAUAUUUGAACAAAUUAUUCUUUUUGUUAUUAAUAUUAAUUCUUAUAAUCAAACACAAAAUGUAUGUCAAAAAAUAUUAUCAGAAUAUAAACAAAAAUUGGAUAUUAAAUUAAUAAAGAUGCCAUUAAUACAAGUAUUAAAAAAUCUAUGUGACACUUAUAUCUUUUUUAACGAUACAAGUGAAGUUGCUCAAAAGAAAAUUAAAGAAAGCAUGAAAUUUUAUUCUUAUCAAAAAAAAAAAGGACUAAUUAUUAAUUUUCAACAACCAACUCAUACACAUAAGUUUAAUAUGCAACUAGCCAAAAAAAGUUAUAUACUAUCUUUAAAUAAAGAAAGUAUGAAUCCUAAUAUAACAAAAUGGAAUUCGUCUGAAUCUAAUCGUAUAUUAUAUGUUUAUAAAUGUGACCAUAGUAAUCAUUUUGCAUGUACACAUUUUUGUUUUGUCUGUGAUUCUGUGUUAACAGAAAAGAAAUCAUAA